AUGGAACAGUUUUCCCAUCGAUUUCAUAACAGUUUCCUAUUUCCGUUCAAUGCGAUUCUCGGAGGGACUUUCUCAAAGAUUGACGCGAUUGCGCUUGAUUUGUUCAUGAAUUUUGUGCUUGCGGUAUUUGCAAUUAUUAUAUUGCAAACCGCUCAAGGUGAAAUAGACAAUGCUAUUGUCGGAGACCCUUCUGUUGAAUGCGGUGAUGACUUUUUUGAGGUAAAAUUUGACACACGUACCACUUUCCAUGGUAUAGCAUUUGUGCAAAACCAUCUAGACAAUCCGGAUUGUCGUACAUUCGCCAGAAAAGAUGAAUCCGCAAAGAACAGCAGUCUUCGAUUGACUUUCGAUCAGUGCGCAAUUGAGAAAAGACAUUCGCCUCCUCCCAUAUCACCGCCACCUCCGUAUCCUCCGUCGCCACCGCCUCCAUAUCCACCUCCCAUGUCACCACCUCCACCGUAUCCUCCACCACCGUAUCCUCCCAUGUCACCACCUCCUCCUGAAAAUUGGAAAAUGAUGAGAAGCUAUCAGAAUAGUGAGUAUGACUUACCGUAUCCGCCGCCACCUCCUCCCCAGUCUUGA